GUCUGUUUAUAUUCUAUUUUAAUUCCAUGUAUAUCCUGAAAGCUAGUAGCUAAGUUGACGCUUGGAUGUAAUCCUUAAUAUUUAACUCAUCAAAACCAAACCAACCCAGAAAGUUAGCCGAACAGCUGAUCUCAGUUUUGACAGUUGAUCCGAAUAAAAAGUAUGAAGAAUAAUAUGACUGGCAUGGAAAUGGGCGGUGGUAUGAAUAUGGACGGUAUGAAGAUGGCCUUCCAUACAGGUGCCAAAGAAACCAUUUUAUUUACUGGUAUAAAGACAGAAAAUGUAGCAGAAAUCAUUGGCGCCUGCAUUUUGGUGUUCAUUCUCUCAGGUUUCUACGAGGGAUUCAAAGUGCUCAGAGAAAUGCACAUGGAUCACACUGCAAAGAAGAACAAAGAGGAGGGCAACACAGUACCUUCCGCAUUCGUUUUUCCUCACCUUGUCCAGACCCUGCUUCAUAUUGUACAGAUGACGAUCAGUUAUUUUCUUAUGCUUAUCUUCAUGACAUAUAAUGCAUGGCUUUGUAUUGCUGUUGCACUCGGAUCUGGAGCCGGCUACUUCGCGUUCCGAUGGAGGAGACCUUUCAAGACAAUCGAAGACUCAGAACAUUGCUCCUGAAGCUGCACAAAAUAAAAUAAGUAGUAUAAUAAUUAGAAUAUACAAAUUAGGUAAGAAAAAAAAAA